CUGCAGCUGUCUCUACGUCACAAGUCCACAUGAGCGAAAAAUGGCGUUCACGUUCGCGGCCUUUUGUUAUAUGCUGACGUUACUGUUGACGGCGGCCCUUAUUUUCUUCGCUAUUUGGCACAUAAUCGCAUUUGAUGAGCUGAAGACUGACUAUAAGAAUCCCAUAGACCAAUGUAACACGUUAAACCCGCUCGUGUUGCCGGAGUACCUCAUCCAUGUGUUCUUCUGUGUGAUGUUCCUGUGCGCCACAGAGUGGCUGACGCUUGGACUCAACAUGCCUCUGCUGGCCUAUCAUGUCUGGAGGUAUACGAGUCGCCCUGUGAUGAGUGGACCUGGCUUAUAUGACCCCACUACUAUAAUGAACGCGGAUAUUCUGGCAUACUGUCAGAAGGAGGGCUGGUGCAAACUCGCUUUCUACCUCCUGUCGUUCUUCUACUAUCUUUAUGGGAUGAUCUAUGUUUUGGUGAGCUCUUAAAACCGGAUGCUGCUGCUUUGGAAGAGUGUAUGAAGAAUUUUGAGAUGCUCUGAUUUUAAAACCUGAAUGGAGCUGAAUUUGAACUCUGCCGUCUCUCAGUUCUGCUCCGCUGUUUCAAAUGGAUGUUUGACUUUAUUUAAUCUGCAUCAGCCAAGAGCGAUUCUGGAUGCAGGCAGCCUGCACACCUCCAGAACCGCGCACACACAAAAACAAGACACACUAUAUGCACAUGUCAAGCCUCUUCACACACUGAAAGCAUCAGUAGAUGAGAUGAAUCUGUUUACACUGACUGGAUCAUGUCUAAAGCAGAGACACAAGGGCUUAAAAACUAAAGAGCUGAUGGAUAUGUUCAAAGAUUUUACUCUCAUCAACUUCUUCAAACUGUGGGACAAAAUAAAUAUCUUGAUGGUAGCAUUUUUACAGAUGUCAUAGACUUAUUUUAUCUACAAAAUAUUACUGCCUUGUAGCUCAGUCAGUUCUUUAAUUUGUCCAGAGUUGUGUGCUGCUUCAGUGGUUUUUGAUCUUGCCAGUCCACAUUUCUGAGCUAAUACAGGUGAUCUACUUCAUAUUGAUGGUUCUUAUCAGAUGACUUUUAAUUCUCCAUUUCAGUGUUACAGCCAUUAAUUAGUCUUGCUUGUAGCAAAUAAGAACUGAUGCUUUCAGUGUGUGGAAGACAACUGCACAUAGCCUGGAAAUACUCCUCAAUCUUUUUGCUUUUAAACUUUAUUUUUUGUGUGCGUUUUGCAUUUCUAAGAGGAAUUGUUUUCUUGUUCUUGUUUACUUCAGUUGUAAUUGUGUUUUUUUGUAAUAUAGAAGAGAUGGGAGUGAACACUAUUUUCUAUUGAAUAUUUAGGUUUAAUGUUGGCAUGAUCUCAGUGUGCCAAGAAACCAUUUUCUUUUAAUCUGUCAGUAAUUGUGGACUGAUGGUGAUGCUGGUAGUAUUUUAAUCUGGUGUUUUACCAGCAUUCAGAUCAGAGCUGUGUGGGUGAAUCCUGAAACCACAUUGAAACCUAAUCACCAAUCUGGACCGCUUAUGAGACAUUUAGAGAAAUAUAAUAUUUUUGCUGUGAUAUUUUAAAAUUUUUCCUGCUUCAUAACCUUCAUGUGUGUGAUUCCAGCCUGAUGUGUGCGUUUGAAUGUUAUAAAGUCUUUGCCUGAACUGUAGUAAAUUGUGAUUUAAAAAAAAUAAAAAGUAUUUUUUUUGCUUGUAAUAUUGCUUUAAAAUUCCAAACAAAGUUUUCUCAGACAAUCUCUCAUGACAGCUGCUCAUGGCCCAUAUUAUAUAUGUUAUAUAUUAGUAAAUACACUGAUCUCUCCCUUUUUAGUGAUGGGUGACAUCUGCUGUCUGUACCCAUAACUCAAGGUUAUUUGAUUAAAAUAGGGAUAGGGGCAAAAAAUAAAUCAAACCCAGUUUUGGUUUAGUCUGAUAAAAUGUUUCUUUUUUUCUUUAUAAUAUCAGAACUCCUACUGUAAUCUGAUCAUUUUAUGAAUAAUCAUUAUUGUUGCCAAAAGUUGGCACAUAUUUUUGUUGAAUAAUGAAAAAGUCAUGUUAAAAAUAAAACUGAAAAAACUGCUUUUUUCCUGCUUUGUCACUGUUGAAUACUGAGGAAAAAAAAGAAAGAAAACAUGAACACAUUAUACAGUACAUGUAUGUUUCAGUAUACAUUCAGUUUUGAUGUUAAAAAUGAAAAAUUUCAAUACAUUGAAGAAAAUGAAACAAAGAACUAUCUGUAAGCCUAUAUUUUUCUAUAUGCUUUGUGUUGCAAAAGUACGUUUAAUAAAAAAAUGUAAACGCCAAUGGCUUUAAUAAAAACAGAUACUGUA